UGCGCUUCGUUCGGGCCUCCUAAGGUCGCCACGGGCGAAGGGAUCUUUUCCUGGCUCCUCUCUUGCUCCCUCCCGUUGGGUGCUGCCUUCUUUUUCAGGAGAUGUUAAUGGUUUCUGCUGAUCAUUUGGUUGGAUCCAGGCUUAGACAUACUUAAAGUAGACCCACUGAAAUAACUGGGGCUCAGAUAUUGAAGGAAAUGAAGUACAUUCUAGUAACAGGUGGUGUUAUCUCUGGGAUUGGGAAAGGAAUAAUUGCCAGCAGCGUUGGAACAAUUCUCAAGUCAUGUGGAUUGCAUGUUACCUCAAUUAAGAUUGACCCAUAUAUUAAUAUUGACGCAGGCACUUUCUCUCCUUAUGAGCAUGGCGAAGUGUUUGUGUUGGAUGAUGGAGGGGAAGUGGAUUUGGACCUGGGCAACUACGAACGCUUUCUUGAUAUCCGACUAACAAAAGAUAAUAACCUGACCACAGGGAAGAUCUAUCAGUAUGUUAUCAACAAAGAAAGGAAAGGGGACUAUCUGGGCAAAACUGUUCAAGUUGUCCCCCACAUUACAGAUGCUAUUCAGGAGUGGGUAAUGAGACAGGCACAAAUCCCUGUAGAUGAAGAUGGCAUAGAACCUCAAGUCUGUGUAAUUGAGCUUGGAGGAACAGUGGGAGAUAUUGAAAGCAUGCCCUUUAUUGAGGCAUUCCGCCAAUUCCAAUUCAAAGUGAAGCGAGAAAACUUUUGUAAUAUUCAUGUCAGUCUUGUACCACAGCCAAGUUCCACGGGAGAACAAAAGACAAAACCCACACAGAAUAGUGUCCGUGAACUCCGAGGUCUUGGUCUUUCACCAGAUCUAAUUGUAUGCCGAUGUUCCACUCCUCUAGAUACCUCAGUGAAAGAGAAGAUUUCCAUGUUUUGCCAUGUAGAACCAGAACAGGUAAUCUGUGUUCAUGAUGUCUCUUCCAUCUACCGGGUACCUUUAUUGUUGGAGGAACAAGGGGUAGUUGAUUACUUUCGUCACAGGCUCGACCUUCCCAUUGAAAAACAGCCUAGAAGAAUGCUUAUGAAGUGGAAGGAAAUGGCAGACAGAUAUGAUCGUUUGUUGGAGACUUGCUCUAUUGCUCUUGUUGGAAAAUAUACAAAAUUUUCUGAUUCCUAUGCCUCUGUCAUCAAAGCUUUGGAACAUUCUGCCCUGGCUAUCAAUCACAAACUUGAGAUAAAAUACAUUGAUUCUGCUGACUUGGAACCUACUACUCUGCAAGAAGAGCCCGUUCGAUACCAUGAGGCCUGGCAGAAACUCUGCAGUGCUGAUGGAAUCCUGGUUCCAGGUGGAUUUGGUGUUCGCGGAACAGAAGGGAAGAUACAAGCUAUUUCUUGGGCAAGAAAACAGAAAAAACCCUUCUUAGGAGUCUGCUUGGGAAUGCAGUUGGCAGUGGUGGAAUUUGCCCGCAAUAUCCUUGAUUGGCAAGAUGCUAACUCAACUGAAUUUGACCCUGAAACUACACAUCCAGUGGUAAUAGACAUGCCAGAACAUAAUCCUGGUCAAAUGGGUGGGACUAUGCGGCUUGGCAAGAGGAGAACAAUCUUUCAAACCAAGAACUCAGUCAUGAGAAAACUGUAUGGAGAUAGUGACUUUCUGGAAGAGAGGCACAGACAUCGAUUUGAGGUAAAUCCAGAAUUAAAAAGUGCAUUUGAAGAAAAGGGUAUGAAGUUUGUGGGCCAGGAUAUUGAAGGAGAGCGAAUGGAAGUGGUUGAGUUGGAAGAGCAUCCAUUUUUUGUUGGUGUUCAGUAUCAUCCAGAGUUCCUGUCGAGACCUAUAAAACCAUCUCCCCCUUACUUUGGCCUACUCCUGGCUUCUGCAGGGAGGCUCACACAUUAUCUGCAAAAGGGUUGCAGACUUUCCCCCAGGGAUACAUACAGUGACAGAAGUGGAAGUAGUUCUCCAGACUCUGAGAUCACAGAACUGAAGUUUACUGCCAUGAAUCAUGAAUAUGUAUCAUCCUCAGAAGAUCCCAUGUAGGACACAAUAAUAGGACUGUUAGAAUAUUUUAAAUGUCAUUAUUUUAUUUUGAGAAAUCCUGUCACUGUUCUGUUUUCCUUCCAAUCUUUUUUUAAAUAUAGUUUUAGAAACUGAUCCUAGUGCCUCUCCAAGUGCAUUUGUGAAUUUAGAAUGAAGAUCUUUGGAAGUCAGGCAAGGGCUAGGGUGGAUUCUGGAUUACUAUUGAAAUGCCAUUAUAACAUCUCAUACACAUUGCCCAGAAGACUAUCUCUGUUUAGACUUUCAUUUUGAGAGGUUUCCAAUUAUGUUAUCCUCUCUUAAUAUGUUGUGGAAUAGAAGCUUCUCAAAGCAGAAUAAAUUAAUUUUUGUAACUCUUUUAAAUAAAGUGAUGUUUUUGGUGCCUCAAGACCACUGCUGAACUAUUUCAGAAAUACUAUUUUCCUGUUCAUGAAACUUUAGGAUAUUUAAUUGACUAUGCAUCUAAGCAAGAGUGUUUAACUGUAAGUAUAUAACAUUUAUUGUAUUUUUGAAACUCAAGUGAGGGGUUUGGGGUUUGUUUUUUUAAAAGUCCUGCUUCUUGGACUGAAAUAACUCCUUGCAUCAAGGGGAUCAUACAUACAAGCAAAUAACUUUACAUUAGAUGUCUUUUGCAACUCUCACUGAGAUAUCUGCCUUGGGUUAGAACCACUGUGUUCCUGUAGAAUAUACCUGAUGUGCAAGCACAGUUCAGUUAUUAAAAUUUGGAGAAAGCAA